GGGGAAGAGGAGCAGCAGAAGUAGAGGCUGUGGCAACACCACAAGUAGCAGCAGCACCUGCAGUAGGAGCAGGUACUGCUGCCGAAGCAGCACGAGCAGUGCCAGCAACAGCAACACCAUCCGGAGCAACAACCACAGCAGCAGCGGCAGCAGCAGCGGCAGCGGCAGCGGCAGCGGCAGCAGCAAGCACCCCAGCGAGACAGGAGGCGGAAUACACACCCGUGCACCCAGCCACAUCUGCAUCAGAGGCUGCAGCAGCUGCCUCGGAUGAUGGACAGCUCAGAGCUCUAGUGCUCGAAAUCACCGGGGCUCUGGGGGGCGGUGGGCCCAGGAGCGCUUGCGUGGAGCUCUCUGAUUGGAUGGAGCUGAUUCUGGUCCGAUCUCUGCACUCCCUGGCAGAGAGAUUAGAGCCGAUGGGCGGCGAAGGGGAUGGGGUGGAGUGGGGAGGACUAGGGGGAGGAGGGGGAGGAGGAGCAGGAGGGGGAGGAGCGGGACGGGGAAGACGAGGGGCGGACGGGGCAGUAGGAGGAGGAGGAGAAAGAGGGGGGAAGGGGCGAGGCAGCGAGGGGAGCAGGAGGAGCAGGAAGGGCAGCAGGAGCAGGAGGAGCAGCAGGGAGAGGGUGGGAGCCGAGGGAGGAUUUCUGGGUGACUCAGGGCAUCCCUGCCGUGCUGCUGCUGCUGCAGAGCCGGCAGCAGGAGGUGCGCGAGAGAGCUGCAGCCACUGUAGGGGUGUUCGUGGUUGCGGAUUCCAUAGGGGCUGGAGCGGAGGGGAGGCGGUGAGCAGUGGGAGGGUGAGGGCGUUCGUGAGAGGGGGAGGCGUGGAGACGCUGGUUCGCAUGGCAGGCAGGCACGGACCGGAGGGGCCAAGAUUCGAGGCGACCAAGGCCCUGGCGAAUUUGUCUGUUAGUGUGGAUGUGGCGAGGGAGGUGGUGAGGGUGGGCGGGGUGGGCGUGCUGCUCUCCCUCCUCCCCCUCCCCAACGGCUGUAUCGCGGAGGCUGCUGCAGGGGCGCUCUGGAACUUAUCUGUGGCUGAUGAAUACAAGACGUACAUCAUGCAAGCAGGGGGCAUCGACACGUUGGUUGACAUCAUGGCCUUGGCUCCUCCUCCUGCAGUGGGCCUCCCAGGGGACUGCAUCCUCGAGCGGGUGACAGGGGCGUUGGCCAACCUAGCAGUGGACGACGCCUGCAGCACGAGCAUAGUGGCAAGGGGGGGUGUGAAGGCUCUCGUGUGUCUGCUGCAGCACUGCCAGCACGACCUCGUCUUGGAGCAGGCGGCCAGGGCGCUGGCCAACCUGGCAGCGCAUGGCGACAGCAACCGCAACUCUGUGGCUGUGGGCACGGAGCCUGAGGCGAUCCCGUCACUAGUUUCACUGCUGCAGUCCCCCAACGAGAGCAUCAGGCAAGAGGGGGCAGGCGCGUUGUGGAACCUGUCAUUCGAUGACAGCAACAGGGAGGCCAUAGCAGCAGCGGGGGGCGUGGAGGCGUUGGUUCGGCUAGCCCGGGAAUCGUGCCUGCCAGGGGCGGCAGAAGACACACAGGAGAGAGCAGCAGGGGCGCUAUGGGGCCUGUCGGUGUCUGAAACCAACAGCGUUGCCAUUGGGCAAGCAGGAGGGGUGGAGUCGCUGCUUAGGCUCGCGCAAGCACAAAAGCUGGAGGUCCAGGAGACAGCCACUGGCGCGCUUUGGAAUCUAGCCUUCAAUCCAACCAACGCCGCUUACAUUCUCGUGAACAGUGGCGUGCCAAUCAUUGCCUCAAUCAUCGUUGCCUCCCUGCCGCCUUCCGCCGUAGACCACCUCGGCACAUUCCCUUGCCCCUCCUCUUCCUCCUCCUCCGCCUCUGCGUCUACCCCUAGAAACGCCACCACCACCCACGCUGCGCCAUCCUCUGCUCCCACUGGUUUUGCCGGUGCUGUUGCUGCUCUUGCUGAUGGUGGUGCUGCUACUGGUGGUGGUUGGCAGUAUUUGUUGCCUCAAAGGCCGCCCCCUCCUCCUGCUCGCACCGGUGCUCCACCACUUCCCAUGCCUAUUCAUCGCAACCUUGCUGCUCCUGCAGCAGCAGCGGUUGCUGCUGCUGCUGUUCGUGCUGCGGCGGCUGGUAUUGCUGCUGGGGAUGUUGGUGCUGCUGGUGCUGCUGCUGGUGGUGCUGCGGCUGCUGGUGCUGGUGCUGAUGCUGCUGCAAUUGCUGCUGAUGCUGUUCGUGCUGCUGCUGCUCGUACUGGUGCUGAUGCUAUUGCUGCCGCUGCCAUUCGUGCUGCUGCUGCAGCUGCUGCUGCUGCUGCUGCUGCUGGUGCUGCCGGUGCUGCCGGUGCUCGUGCUGUUGCAAUUGCUGCUGCUGCCAUUCGUGCUGUUGCUGCUGGUGUUGCUGCUGGUGCUGCCGGUGCUGGCGGUGCUGGUGCUGCCGGUGCUGCUGCUGCUGGUGCUGCUGCUGCUGCUGCUGGUGCUGCUGCUGCUGCUGCUGCUGCUGCUCCGCAGUUGCAAGUUCUGCCUUGGAGAGUUUCCUCGCCGAUGGCUGGAUUCAUGGCCACUCUUGCGCUCGCAUAUAUCUUCGAUGGCAGCAAGUCUUCUGAAAUGGCUGCUGCAGCAGCAGCAGCAGCCCCCCAGAUAGACUAUCCCCCAACCUUGGAGCUGCAGCAGCAGCUAGGCUUCCACACCGUCGAGUGGUUUCUGAGGUGCUUCAUACACGAGAGAGAGGAGGCGGAAAGGGCGACGGAGCGAGCGCGGGAGAGAGAGAGGGAGAGGAGGAAGGUUGAGGAAGGGGAGGAGGAUGAGGAGUGCUGGGGCGGAGGGAGCGGGCAGAGAGGGGGGAGGUCUAGAAAGAGGAGGGCCUCAGCAUGGCGCGAUGAGGAGGGGGAGGAGGAGGCGGAGGAGAACGAGGAGGAGUGGCUUCCUGCAACAGCAACCAGAAGCAGACGGGCAGGAAGGGGGCGAGGGAGAGGGAGAGGGAGGGGAGCAGCUGGAUCGGACUCUGAUGAGGAGAGUGAUGAGCUACGGCUCGGUAGAGGUGCGACUGGUCCGGCCACACCUGCUUCUGCGGCUCGGGGUGGGCUUCCCCGCACCCCUGGCGUCACCUCCCCUGCUGCUGGUCCGUCUGGUGCUUCAGGUGUUUCUUCAGGUGCCAGUUCGGACAACGUGCCCCCACCGAUGUCAGCAACGUUCAUGCGGCACCUGGAGGCACGAGCAGCAGCGGAUGAUGCUGCUCUGCUGGCCUUCUCCCACAGCUGCCGGAUUCAAGAGGCAGGGCUGCUCAGAUGCAGUGCUGCGGAGAUCAACCGGUUUGUCGCCAUGUUACGCAACCCCUCCUCGACCCUGCGAGCCUGCGCAUCCUUUGCUCUGCUGCAGCUCACCAUGCCAGACGGCCGCCACACGGCGCACCACAUUCAACUCCUCUCAGACGCCGGGCUUCCCGCGCUAUUCGCGCCACUGCUGCUGGCGCCACAUGUUCCCCGAUGGUAAAGCUGCUGGCGCGGGCUGUUUCUAGGAAUGUGGAUCUGCAUGUGAGGAUGCAGGCGAGAGGGAAAGGGUUGAGGCUGUGAAUGUGGCGGCAAGGAGUUAGAGGAUGAAUGGGGUGGUUGAGUUAUGGUUUUCUGCCCGAGAAAUGUGGCAUAGCUGGUCUAGCCACGUAUCGUAAGGUGGUAUGGGUCUUAUGGAAAGAUCUGGCGCGCUUGUGCUCGAGUGUAAGAUAUGAGACAAAGGAGUUAUUUGCGAAAAUGAUGGCAAAUGUAAACGUUU